AUGCCAGCAGAGAAGCGAACGCUUCGCUCUAACCGAUCAGACGCCUCGGCCAACGGCGAUAAACCCCGUUCUAAUUCGCAAAGCUCCAGCUCGAACAAAGAUAAACCUGCUCCGACCCGUUCUGCGGCGUCACGAGGCAAGGCAGCGCCUGCUAGAAAACCGGCCUCAGGCUCGAAGAAGGACUCCUCGCAGUCCAAGGGCUCAGAUCUCGUCGAGAACGGCGUAAAUGGUGCAGAGGACGUGCAGAUGAGUGAAGAGCAUGUGAACGGGUCUGUAUCACCAAAGCAGCUCGACCGCGACGACAACGACGGCGACGAGGAGAUGACUGUUGUCGUGCCUCCGUCGAAAGCUUCCCGACUAUCGGGAGAGCCUGAUAAGAUCCGUAGCGAGACCAAGAUGGACACAGAUCAGGACGAGGAGGCCCAGAAGGCCGAAGAAGUGGUUGACCCGGUCGAGAAAGCUCAGUCAGAUAUCAGGACAAAUUUCACACUACUCGAGAGAGCCGUUGUGCACUUUGAUCUACGCUUCACUCUUCGGGUACUACGAACGAUCUCUUCUAUGCGUAAAUACCUGUCUGCAGACCUUCUCGCCAGCGUCAUUACAUCCGCGUACCAGCGAUCGGAUCCCACCGCUUCCUUCCUUCUGUCUGCUCUUGAUAGAAACUCUGCCUUCGACAAUGUCGCCGAGGAUGUUGCCAUGGAAGAUGUCACCGAACAGAAGACGGCCUCGUCCAAGCCAUCGCCCAAGGAGACCCUGCCUGAGAUCGACAUCUACCUUUCCAUUCUCGUCCAGAUUCAUCUCUAUGACGAGAAGCUUAUCGAGAAGGGCGCUGAGUUCUCACAGAAGCUGGUCGAGAGGCUGAGGACGCACAACCGGAGGACUUUGGACUGUUUGGCUGCCCGAGUGUACUUUUACUAUUCUCUCUUUUUCGAGCAGCUAAAACCACUUCCUCCAUCGCCAACUGCCGCCGUUAUAUCCAUCCGGCAAUCGCUCCUUGCAGCUCUGAGGACCGCCGUUCUGCGCAAAGACACGGACAUCCAGGCAACCGUUACAACCCUCUUGCUUCGCAACUACCUGUCCACCUCGCACAUCUCCCAAGCCGAUCUCUUCAUCUCACACUCCGAGUUCCCCGCCGGUGCGUCCAACAACCAAAUUGCUCGAUAUCUGUACUACCUAGGCCGAAUUCGAGCCAUCCAGCUGCGAUACACCGACGCCCAUCAGCACUUGGUGAGCGCUACUCGGAAAUCCCCAUCGACUCUCAGCGCAGGCGGCUUCUACCAGGCGUCGAUGAAGCUACUUGUCGUUGUGGAGCUGUUGAUGGGAGAUAUCCCUGACCGUGCCAUCUUCCGUCAGGCAGCUUUGGAACGCGCCAUGUACCCUUACUUCCUACUUGUACGAGCCGUCAGCGUUGGCGACCUAGACGGAUUCCAGAAGAUCGUCCAGACCUACGGGCCCGCAUUCCGAAAAGACAGCACGUACACGCUCAUUCUCCGACUACGACAGAAUGUCAUAAAGACUGGUAUCCGCAUGAUGUCGUUGUCCUACACUCGUAUCUCCCUGCGCGAUAUCUGCCUCCGUCUAGGCCUGGAUAGCGAGGAAUCCGCCGAGUACAUUGUUGCAAAGGCCAUAAGAGAUGGUGUGAUCGAAGCUUCGUUGGACCAUGAGCAGGGCUACAUGAAGAGCAAGGAGGUUGGCGAUGUGUAUGCUACCCAGGAACCGGGCGAGGUGUUCCACGAACGUAUCCAAGCGUGCUUAGGUCUCCACGACGAGAGUGUCAAGGCAAUGAGGUUUCCCAUGAACCAGCACCGACUCGAGCUGAAGAAUGCUCAGGAGGCACGCGAGCGAGAGAGAGAGCUGGCCAAGGAGAUCGUAGAAGGAGACAUGGAUGACGACGAUGCCGGCGGCGACUUCGAGGGCAUCUAG